CCGCAUUCAUGAGGAAUCUCGCGCCGCGUUCGGAAUGCACGACGUGAUCCAGGUCGACCCGCACCUAACCUACGUCGUCCUCAACCAUACGGACGAUGAAACAGAACAAUGUACCUCACCGAAGCCGUGAAGGCCGCCCUGCUGGCGGUACAAAGACAGUCUCCCCCAAAAGGACGAUGGCAGCAAGAUUGAUGAAGUACCUGACGCCGCUACUACCGAAGCCUACGCCGAGAGGGACGACGGCGGCAUGGCUGACCAUAAUGAGGAGACUUCCACCGCCGAUGGAGAGGACGCUGAUGGCGGUGGAAUGGGAGGUGCUUCGGCCGGCAGAGAGAGAUGAGGAGAAAGGAAGAUGUCUCUAUGGCUCGAGGGCAAGCCAUCUCACAAAGACCGGCAGUUCUUACAGAAGAAGUAGCCCUGAUGACCAGCAAGAAGGAGUUGAUUCUCCUUUCGACAUGUGACUAAGAAGCUCUCAGUAUCCUUCAGAACAAGAACCCAUACUCCACGCCCGGUUCUUAUGUAGAUGUUGUAUAGUCGUAUCCCCACGCCGCUUUACCCAAGAAGCGUUCGCCGCACAUCUCGGAUUCGACUAGCCAUCCUGUUCUAUCUGCCCGAUUAGGCUUCCACGUCUACUGUGAACGACA